AUGCCAUUCGCGAAGAUCCGCUUCAAGGCCCCCUCAGGCCAAGGUGUGGUCGAACUUGAGGACGACGCAACGGCCCGCCAGCUCACCGAUGCGAUCAAGACCAAGAUUGAUUCUACUGAUAUCACGAUCAAGUAUGGCUGGCCACUGAAGACCCUUGGUUCUGAUCAGCUGGAUGCGACAAUCUUGUCACUCAACCUGCAGCGCGAGAAUCUGACAAUCGUUCCUGCCGAAAGUCGGGUCCCGAGCCCUGCGCCAACACCCACAAACAAGGUCACCGAGAAGGCGCCUUCGCGACGUAACCCUGAGGAUGUGAAUGUCCAGAUUCCGGGUAAACCGGGAGACCCCUCUUUCUUGAUUCUCCGCGUGAUGCCGGAUGACAACUCCUGCCUUUUCAGAGCCGUGUCGGGCGCUCUCUUGGGCAGAACCGAUGACCCCGAGGGACCUCCCCCCAAUAAGCUACGGGAAAUGGUUGUCCAGCAGAUCAUGCUUAACCCGGAAACCUGGACCGAAGUCGUUCUCGACAGGAAGCCCGCCGACUACUGCCGUACGAUGCUGAAACCCGACACCUGGGGUGGUGAAAUUGAAAUUGCCAUUAUUUCCGAGGUGUACGGAAUCGAGAUCUGCGUUAUUGAUGUCAAGGGUGGCGCUGUUAUUAAAUACGGCGAGGGAAGUUAUGAUCAGCGAUGCGUGAUUGUCUGGUCUGGCAUACAUUACGACCGAAUCGUGGAGGUCAUGGACAUAAACCAAGCUGAGACCUCAUUCGACAUCAGCUCCUGGGACGUAGCAAGCAGCGAUCACAUCCUCGAGUCCUCCAAGGUUCUUUGCCAACAGCUGAAAGACCGAGGCUAUUUCGUAGAUCUCAAUGACGCUGUGUUGCGAUGCAACGACUGCUAUGACAUUGGCAAGGAGGUUUACGUCCAAGGUCUACGCGCCAGGAUUGAUCAUAGCAAGGAGACUGAACACCAAAACUUUGAGGAAGUUGAGGACAGGAACCGAACGUAG